UAAUAUUGUAUUUCAGUUGUCACUGAUCGAAACAAAAUGAAUAUUAAAGAUUAAUUUUCUGGUUUGUGCGUCAAGGGCGGUGUAACACUUGAGAUGCCCGGCGACGCUUAUUAGCAAGAUGUUUGCGACUUCGUUUUGGAGCGAAUUUAUGGAACGAAAUCACCUUCCCUGAAAAGCGUAUGCUAAAGCAUAAUAACCGAGCUAAAACAGCUAAGGAAAAUGGAUGAGAACGGGCUGUUUAUUUUUUCAGUAUUGUGCAGGCGCGAGGAAGACGAAGAUUAUAAAAUAGUGUUAAAAACUGUUGUUCCUCCUCUGAAAAUUAAGUCUCUUCAGAUGCGAGCAAAGAUAGGAGGGAUCGACACUUCCCUCCUUGAAGAAAUGUAGCAGGAGGAACGACUCCGCCAGAAGGCCAUGGAGAAGGAACGACUCCGCCAGAAGGCCCUCGAAGAGGAGCGGCUGAGGCAGGAGGCCGUGAUUGAGGAGCGACGACUCCAGGCCCUAAGACUACUGCCGGAAUUUUCCGACAUGAGUAUCAAGGGAGCGGUAACCGUUGAAAUACCCGGUGAUAUAUGUAUUUAAAACAUAACCAACUUCAUCUGGGAAGCUAUUAACGGUACCAAGUCACCUACCCUGAAAAAGGUGUACACAAGCAUAAUAACGGAAGUGCAGGAGAUAAGAAAAAUGACUGAGAACGGGUUGUUUGUAUUCUCAGUCCUCUGCAGACGUGACGAAAAUGAAGAAUAUAAAGUUGUGAUAAAAAAAGUGGUCUCCCCUUUAAAAAUCAAGUGUCUACAACAGCGGACAAAGAUAGGAGGGAUUGACACUUCUCUGCUUGAAGAAAUGUUGCAGAGGUCAGGAAAAGCAGUUUCACAGCUUCAGCAACAGGCUGUGGAGCAGGAGCAGCUCCGGCAGCAGGCCGAGGAUGAAGAACGUGUCCGGCAGCAGGCCGAGGAUGAAAAGCGUGUCCGGCAGCAGGCCGAGGAUGAAGAGCGUGCCCGGCAGCAGGCCGAGGAUGAAGAGCGUGCCCGGCAGCAGGCCGAGGAUGAAAAAGCGUGCCCGGCAGCAGGCCGAGGAUGAAGAGCGUGCCCGGCAGCAGGCCGAGGAUGAAGAGCGUGCCCGGCAGCAGGCCGAGGAUGAAGAGCGUGCCCGGCAGCAGGCCGAGGAUGAAGAGCGUGCCCGGCAGCAGGCCGAGGAUGAAGAGCGUGCCCGGCAGCAGGCCGAGGAUGAAGAGCGUGCCCGGCAGCAGGCCGAGGAUGAAGAGCGUGCCCGGCAGCAGGCCGAGGAUGAAGAGCGUGUCCGGCGGCAGCUGGCCGUGGAGGAGCAGCAGCUCCGGCAGCUGGCCGUGCAGGAAUAGCUCCGGCUCCGGCAGCUGGCCGUGGAGGAGCAGCAGCUCCGGCAGCUGGCCCUGGAGGAGGAGCUCCGGCUUCGGCAGCUGGCCG